GGUUUUCUGAAUUUGUACUUUGUACCGACUGACUACUAAAGUAGGCAGACCUGGACGUCAAAAAAUUUUGUAAAAAAUGUUAUUGGUUUAUUGAUAAGUAUUUUAUUACUGCUUACUGCAUUUUAAAAAAUAAGUUUCCUGUCACCUGCUCUGUGUGUUUCCCUGUUUUAUAUUGUUUGCUCCCGCAAAUUCUGCUGUUUGCCCUUGUUGGCCAAUUCAGAAGGAAAACAGGAAUUACAAGCGGAUCGGACUAUUGGACUUGCUGCUACUAUUGCAUAAGCCUUUGGGUCGGUACUUUUAAGCGAUUUCAAAACGGAUUUGCCAUGUCUGCUAAUCGACUGAAGAAUAUUUUCAUUGUCGGUGCCAAACGCACUCCAUUCGGCACUUUUGGAGGAAAGCUCAAAGAUCACACGUCCACCGAUUUAGCCGUAGUGGCUGCCAAAUCUGCUCUGGAAACUGCUAAAGUUCAACCGGAAUGGAUCAAUACCGUGGCAGUAGGAAACGUGAUUCAGAGCAGUAAAGAUGCGGCAUAUGUUGCUCGACAUACUGCGCUGAGAUGUGGAAUUCCAGUUCCCGUGCCCGCGGUAACGGUAAACAGACUCUGCGGAAGUGGAUUUGAAUCCAUUGUUUAUGGAGCUCGAGAAAUCCAAAAUGGCGAAUCGGAAAUUGCCCUGUGUGGUGGAACGGAGAAUAUGAGUCAAGCUCCGUUUGCUUUACGGAAUUCCCGAUUUGGGAUGAAAUUAGGCGAAGAACAGAAGCUGGAGGAUACUCUGUGGUCCGGGUUGACUGACCAGUAUAUAAAUACUCCUAUGGGAGUUACCGCGGAAAAUUUGGCUGAACAGUACAAUAUUUCGCGAGAUGAUGUGGAUAAAUUCGCGUUACAGUCCCAAACCCGUUGGAAAAAUGCUCAAGCCGCUGGCGUCUUUAAAGAGGAAAUGGCCCCGAUAGUUAUUAAAACUAAGAAAGGCGAGGAGACCAUUGAUAAAGACGAGCAUCCCCGAGAAACAUCCCCAGAAUCGCUUAAGAAACUCCCACCCGUGUUCAAGAAGAAUGGAACUGUAACGGCUGGCAAUGCUUCGGGAAUUUGUGAUGGUGCUGGUGCCGUUAUCAUUGCGAGUGAAGAAGCCGUCAACAGCAAAGUAUUGAAACCAUUGGUGAGAAUAGUGGGAUGGCACGUGAUUGGCUGCGAACCCAGAAUUAUGGGCAUCGGCCCCGCUCACGCAAUUCGUGCCCUUUGUGAGAAAACCGGCAUAAGCCUUUCGAAAAUUGAUUUAUUUGAGGUCAACGAAGCAUUUGGAUCACAAUUUUUAGCUGUUCAAAAGGAAGCAUGCCUUCCUGAUGAAAAGACGAAUGUCAAUGGUGGAGCCAUUGCACUAGGACACCCUUUGGGUGCAUCGGGAAGUCGCAUUAUGGCACAUUUAACGCAUGAACUCCGUCGCCGCAAGGGUAAAUAUGCUAUCGGCUCCGCUUGUAUUGGAGGAGGACAAGGGAUUGCAAUAAUGAUUGAAAACGUUGGAUGUUAGAUUGAGGUUGAUCAUCGAAGCACAGAUUUGCAUGUUCUGGUAUAAAGGCUUAUGAUUAGUAUUUAUUUGGUAUUUUAAGUCAGCGCAAACGCCAACAUUAUCACUUCUUGUAUUGCUGGUAAUUUUUGCGCGUGUGAAAAUAAGGAUUUCAAUAAAUGAUAGUCGGCAACGUA